GGAAAAAGGCUAUUUUCAAGUACGACAGAAAAUAAUUGUGUUGUGCGGUGUUGUAUUGUAUGCUUUAUAAACACUUUAUAAAUUGGAUUUAAAAACGCUUGAUCGCCAAAGUGACACGCGAUGGCGCCAGAGAAGCGCUCUUUCUUUCCUUCCUAUGACGUCACAACUAUCAAAAAAUUCUGCGUGUAUGUGACGUUUGGUGACGGGUAUUUAUGACCUUAAUUUGUUUAAUCCAAGCCCUGUUAUGUAGCCUUUCAGCAUUCAUCUGUUGAUCUCAUAUGAAAGAAAGAACAUCUUGAGAGAUGAAACCGGAAGUGUCAGCUGCUGUUUCAUUCAUCAGCAGUUUAAUGGGAGUCAAAAGCUCUCUAUCUGAAAAUCAACUGCAUCUCUUCACUCAAACACUUAGUGAUCUUUUAAUAGAGCACUAUCAGCAUCACUGGUUUCCUCAUGCACCCUUCAGAGGCUCUGGCUACAGAUGUUUGCGAAUCAACCAUAAAAUGGACCCACUUAUAGGCAAAGCAGGAAUUGCUAUUGGACUUAGACAAGAGCAGCUUUUCUCAUUGCUCCCCAAAGAACUGACACUGUGGGUGGACCCAUACGAGGUGUCCUAUCGAAUCGGUGAAGACGGAUCCACUUGCGUUCUCCACAAGUUCCAGCCGCAGUGUCCUAAAAGUGUCACAUCAGCAGAUAUAUCAUCCAGCAGGAGGAAGAAACUGAAAACCAGACGAUAUAAUCGACAGGGACGCAAUAGAUACUGAAACUCUCACUUUGAUGUAAAUGCAAAGAACAUUAAAUGAGUAACUGAAUAGAAAUAUGUGCUAUGUUCACUUACCUUGUAAUCCCAAAUUUCUCUUUAGCACAGUUCUCCCAAAAAGCUUUAAAUGUAUUGACUUUUUUCCUCUUUGAUGUACCCUGGUUGAUGUUAGCUGAGCUACAUGGACACUUGUAUAGAUAUUUAUCUUAAAGGAUGACAUUUAUCAGACAUGUAUAUAGCUCAACUAUUUGAAAUAAAAGCUUGAAAGGUUCACUCACAUCUGUUCAGAGGGUCACACGCUUUGUUAUGCAUCAGGUUGGUACAGUAUAGCUGCAGGCAAUCCGGACAUUGCAGAAAAGAUGUGUUUCAUAAAAUAAUAAUGUUUCCCUCUCUAGCUUUUCCUUUUUUUAUAUGUAAUAUUUUCCCAUUUCCCCAUCAGAUAAAGCAACAGGAUUUGAGGGGAGGACUAGGAAAAAUUGCCUGAACAGAUGUCACCAUUGGAUUAUGAUCCUAGGUUUAAUAUAUGUCUUAAAAUUAGACAAUCUCAAGAUGUCAUAACAAGCAGCUCUCCAAAAGUACUCUGAAGUAGAAUUCAGUGUGGCGAUGGCUUCCUCUGUUAAAUCCGUUGGGAAAAAUAAAGAGGACGAGGAUAUAACAAGUCAAAUAAUGUUUGACAGUUAGGUGUUCGAUAUCAAGUGCUUUGUCACAAAUUUUCCAUUAAAGAGUAUUUUAUUUUCUCUUAGGCUUAAUCAGAAACAGGAACACGGAAUUUUCUUCCUUCAAAUCAGUCCCAUGAUAUCUAAAAAACAAACACAGCUGCGUUGCUUUGCUUAUAAUAAUAAUGCAUUGCUGCAUUGUUAACAAAAAGAGCUUUUUGAGACCAUAUAGAGAUUGUAUUCAUAAUCUGCUGUUUUCAUGAGCAUAACCUUACCUUUGUGGAUUGCUUUUUUGCAAGUUUAAAAUGCUCUGUCCAAGAUUCCUGAACUAAUAAUUUCCCGUUGAACUGGCAAGCAUCGUACAUUUUUCCAAAUCACAAUGUUCCUUGAAAAUGUCACAAAAACAUUUACAUAAUUACUAGAGAAAAACAAGUCUUACUAGAUAGCUAUUGGCAGCUGAUGCUUAGUCACAAGGCAGCAAAUAUAUCUAUUUCUUUUAGUCUCAUAUUUUUCCUCAUAUGUCACUGCAAGUUGUUUUUAUUCUGCACAUUUCCAAACGUGUGCAUGUGGAAAGAAUUCAGCCAUUGUGUUAAAUACUUAAAAUCGUAUAGUUUAUUUUUAAAAAGAAAGGUUAUUGUGUUAUAUGGUGAACUUAAAUUUAAACAGCACACAGUGGGUUAAGACCAUGCACUUUCUUUCAUGACUUGUUUUGUAAUGGUUCACCCCAGAGAAGCACUUAAAAGUUCUCGAUUUGUCUGUUCUUCCACACUGCUCUGCCCCUCUCUCCACUUCACACAGUGGUCAAGGGCGACAACCGUUUCUCCUCACAAGAUGAUGUAUCUGAGGAUUCUGCUGUUUUUCUUUAAUGUGACAUGGAUGUUUUGUGAGACGGCAAGAAAUGAUAAAGUGGUGCUUAAAAACAGAGAUGAUCAUGAAGAAUUAGUCUUAGAGAAAAACACUUUCAUGGAGCAAAGGAAACCAAAG